AUGACUGCAGAUGCCUCUAUUGCUCUUGGUGAUUCAAUUUAUCAAGUAAAAUGGGAUGGUAAGGAACUAAACCCAAACAAAGUUUUUGAAACGCUGCCUUUGGACGAAAAGAAUUGUUUUCAGUUCAAUGGUGAAAGUUAUCAGAGGAAAUUCGGAACAUUCAUAACUGAUCUUGGUGGUUCGAGAGCUGGGCUCGAAGUCAUUGCAGAUGUUUUACAAUCUGGUUGUCCUGCUAGCGUCUUUGACACAGCUGGACUAGAGGUCUAUAUCCAGUCUUCAUUUGAUUAUGCUGUACCAAGCUCACCGGAUUUAGUUCUAUCACCAGGUGUUGCGACUUACAUCACACUAUCACAAUCACAGACACGGUUUCAACCAUAUCCAUAUAAAGCUGUCGGUGAUGCUUAUUGUUUAGAUACCAGUUUACCCGAGUAUCAGAAUUACAGCAAAGUGAACUGUUUCGGCACUUGUUAUGAUACAGAAUUAUCAAAGGUCUGUCCUUGUGCUCCCUCUGCAAUAUUUGAUAUUGAAAAGAAACAAAACUUGAAAAAUUGUGAAAAUGUGACUGACGCCGUGGCUUGCUGGUCGUUCUUUAGUGACUCAUUGGCCAGACAAAUAGAGAAGGGAGAAUUAUUUCAAAAUUGCGAUUGCCCAGAACCAUGCCUGAAGACAGAAUAUCGACAUGAGUUUUCUUUCGCAUACUUUCCCACUGAUGCUCUAGCUGACAGAUUGGUGGAAGUUGGUGCUAUAUCACAUAGAGAAUAUGCAAGGAAGAAUUUACUAAAGUUUCAUAUGAACUUUAAAGACAGAGGUGUAAAUAUUAUAGAAUACAUCCCUGAAUACGGAUCCAGUGAAAUAUUAGGUAUAGUUGGUGGUCAACUUGGAUUGUUUUUAGGAGCCAGUCUAAUCACAGCAACUGAGAUAGUAGAAACUAUCAUUCUGUCUAUUUAUUAUAAAAUCAGUUCUUGUGUUGUAACUAAAGUGCACAUCAUAAAAUAA